AUGCAACGCGUGACGAUCCAGUACACCGGCCGUGUCCAGGGGGUGGGCUUCCGCUUCACCGUCCGGGACAUCGCGCUGGGCCUGGGGCUGGUCGGCUGGGUGCGUAACAACGCGGACGGCUCGGUCACCCUGUGCGCCCAGGGGAGCGGGGACCAGAUCGAAGCCCUGCGCAUGCGGAUCCGCGAGUCCGGCGUCGGGCGCAUCGACGGGGAGACGGAGAUCCCGGACGCGUCGACCGCGCCGACACCCACCAUGCUCGUUCUCUUUGACAUCGACGGGACCAUCCUCCGCACCUUCGGCCUCGGCGUCCGCGCCAUGGGCCACGCCGGGCGCGAGCUCCACGGCCAGCACUUCGACGAGAUGCGCGUGGAGUACGCGGGCCGUCUCGACCCGCUGAUCAUCGCGGACCUGCUCGUGGCGCACGAGCUGGAGGUCCACGAGGACGCCGUCACGGAUUUCCGCGCGAUGUACGGCAAGCACCUCGGCCUCAUCCUCGAGCAGACGCCCGCGGAGCUCUGCCCGGGCGUGCACGAGCUCAUCGACGCGCUCGAACAGACCGACGGCGUCACCCUGGGCCUGCUCACCGGCAACUACCCCGAGACCGGCGCGGUGAAGCUCCGCUCGGGCGGGAUCGACCCCGAGCGGUUCAUCAUCCAGGUCUGGGGCGAGGACUCGCCCCACGACCCGCCCGCGCGGACGCACCUGCCCCCCGUCGGCAUCAGCCGCUACCUCGAGAAGCACCAGCGCGAGAUCGACCCCCGGGAUGUCGUCAUCAUCGGCGACACGCCCGAGGACAUCGGCUGCGCGAAGGCGUCGGGGUGCCGCUGCAUCGCCGUCGCGACGGGCAAAUACUCGACGGGCGAGCUGGCCGAGGCCGGCGCGGACCUGGCCGUCGAGGACCUCUCGGGCACCGAGGCCCUCGUCGGCUGGAUCACCCGGGCCGAGGGCGAGCCGAACCGGAUCCUGACGAUCGACGUCGUCCGGGGGGUGGCGCUGCUGGGGAUCUUCGCGAUGAACAUCAUGACGUUCGCGAUGCCCUUCGCGGCGUACAUGAACCCGACCGCGUACCCGCCGGUCCCGUUCGAGGGCGUCAACCGGUGGACGUACUUCAUCGUGCACUUCGUCUUCGACAUGAAGAUGAUGACGCUCUUCUCGAUGCUCUUCGGCGUGGGCGUGAUGGUCUACGCGGAGAAGAUCAGCCGCGGGGCCGAGGUCUCGGCCGUGCGCCGCCUCUGGUUCAAACGGAUGCUCAUCCUGCUCUGCAUCGGGAUGGUGCACGCGUACUUCAUCUGGGAGGGCGACAUCCUCGUGUCCUACGCGGUCGCGGGCAUGGCGCUGCUGUGGUGGCUCCGCCGGCUGCCGGCGUGGGCGAUGGUGCUGAUCGCGGUGCCCUUCACGAUCUUCCCGCACCUGAUGUGGGCGCAGCAGGGCGUGGCGUAUCACUUCAUGCACGUCGCGGAGUCGCCGCCGGACUGGUUCAUUCAGGCAACGGGGAUCGACGAGCCCGAGAACCGCGAGAAGCUGCUGACCAACCUCGAGCCGCUGCAGGAGAUGAUGGCGCCCACGCCGGAGCAGACCGCGGAGCUGGAAGCGACGUACCGCGGCGGGUACCUGACGCUGCUCCCGUACCGCGCCGAGCAGUCGUUCUAUAUGCAGGCGUUCAUGAUCCCGCUGUUCAUGCUGUGGCGAGCCGCCGCGAUGAUGCUCAUCGGCGCCGCGCUGUACAAGUGGCGCGUGGUCACGGGCGAGCGGAGCACCUCGUUCUACGUGAAAUUCACAGCGUUGAACUACCUCGUCGGCGUCCCGCUCCUCGUCGGCGGCAUGCUCUACAACGACUCGAUCGAUUUCUCCCCCGGGCUGCUCAUCGCCAUCGGGAUGCAGUUCAACGCGAUCGGUUCCGUUCCCAUGGCCAUGGGCCACAUGGGCCUGAUCAUCCUGAUCGCCCGCGCCGUGCCCACCGCGCUCAUCGUCCGGAGCCUCUCGGCCGUCGGACGCAUGGCGCUGACGAAUUACCUCAUGCACGGGAUCAUCGCUUCGAUCAUCUUCUACGGCUACGGCUUCGCGCUGUACGGCCAAAUGGACCGGCUCGAGCAGCAGAUGGUCGUCGUCGCGGUCUGGGCCGCGCAGCUGAUCUGGAGCCCGCUCUGGCUCAAGCACUUCCGCUUCGGCCCCGCCGAGUGGGCGUGGCGGAGCCUGACCUACGGCAAGCCGCAGCCGAUGCGCCGAGCGGCGCCCGCGAUGCAGUCGCCCAGCGCGAUGAAGCGCGGGUUGAACUGGUUGAGCGCGCCGCAGUCCGGGCAGACGAUGCCCUGCUCGCCCGCCGGCUCGCCUUUGAGCGACGUCCCGCACGUCCAGCACCGCUCGCCGAUCACGCGGUUGGCCGUCUUGUUGACCGUCAUCGUCACCGCAGCCAGCGCGACGCCGACCACCGGGAGCGUCAGCCACGCCGGGCUGAGCGAGAUCACCCCGAACGCCGCCAACGGGAUGCCGAUGACGUACACGAUCAGCCGCAG